UCGGCUGCGACGUUGAGCUUUGGAUUUUUUUAAGUAAAAUUUUUGUUUCGGAAAAGGUAAAGUUUUUUUUACGAGGAGAUUCAUCAUUGUUUUGGGCUCUGAUCUUCUUUGGUUUAGCGCUUUUUUACACUGACCAAUGCCCGGCAGAAACAUGGCGUUUCUUCUCAGAGGCGUUCGCGUUUGCCGUUACUGACGGUGGUUUCGUUCUGCGUUUCAAGUACUCAGACCGAGUGGCAUGAAUGAAUGUGAAUCAAGUCAAAACUGUGCUGCUGAAAAGGAUAUGGAGAACCUAUACAAUCUAUGGAAGGCCAUUUAGAGCUCAAACGGAAUUCAAGAGGUUAAUCCUUUGGAACAACUGUGAAGACCAUGUUGCCCCAACAAAGCCAGAUGGAAAAUAUGCAAGGCAGGUUUAAACCUGAAAGGUCUAAUUUGUCAUAUGCUGAUCUUCAUCAAGAAAAUACGAAAGGUGGAAAAGAGUUUUUAUCUAAAUCUUCAUGGAAGAAUAAGAAACAACAUCCUGAUAUCAAGACAAAGGAGGAAGAAGAGCUUGUGAAGUACAUGUCACAUUUACCAAGUUAUCUGGAGAGAGGAGCAAAAAUCCCCAAGAAAAGGUUUUAAAUGUUGGGGUCCUUGAGUGGGGGCGUCUUGAAAAAUGGCAGGGUAGCUAUGAACAGAUCUCACAUAGUAGUAUUUCUUCACUUUCCAGCAGCAACACAUCUUCAUCGUUAUCAGCAGACGAAUCACCAGCACAUUCGAGCACAGGUCACAGUUUCUCUCCCACUCGUCAACUGUUACAGCACCCCGUACCGCAACCUCAUCUGAUGUCCGUCCCCAUAGAAGGCCAUUUGCCUUCUGUCAAACCUUUUAGGGAAAACAUUGGAAAGUUUCAAGAUCUCAAGACUCCCAGGAGAAGCACCUUAACUGUUCUAGAAAAAUUCAUCAGAGAAGAUAAAUCCUUUUGCAAAAAUAAUCCACAAAUCAAGCUGGAACAGUUCAAGAGAAGAGAAAUGCUCCCAAAGAUUGAUUCAGAAAGUGGAACUGUGCCAAGUGGGGUAAAAGAAAAUGCAGCAUCAUGUGAGAAGGUGAAAAUGAAGAACCAACGUGGUGAAAUUAUGAAAAAAGCUGAGAUGUUUCAAGAAGUUGUUCCAAAAGGGGCUUACCAAGACGUCACUGGAAAAAGAAACACAGUUGUCCUGCUUUUGCGAACAGAUUUACCCGAAACAAAUCAUUCAGGAGCAGCAAACCUUUCUGAUUCAACAACUAAGUCGAGUAAAAAAGAAACAGAACCUAAGCAGCAGAGGACCUUCACAGAAACAUUUAAAGAGGCUCACCAUGCAGAGCUUAGUUCAGAUUUCUAUCAUUCAGGCCCAGUGCCCGGUGAACUUGAUGGCAUCAAACAUUUACAGAUUAAAACCAUGGGCUUGUUAGAUGCAAAUAGUAAUGGCUUUAGAUCAGAGAGAUUUCAAUUUGUACUUCCUGCGGCAAAGGUAGAAAUUAGUUCUUCCAGAAAGAGAACCCUAGAGGAGAAAAAGUUAAAUGCAACAAACGUAGCUUCUGCUGCAAAUGAGGCUUGCAAAGGACUAGACCCAAAAGUACACAAGGUUGCAUCUGAAAAAAAUCGAAGCACUUCUCCUUUCGGUCGUCUUAGCUUCAGUAUUGGUAAAACGGGCAAAAGUUCCAGCCUCAAAGAGGAUUCUUCUAUACCUCAGAUGAGUUCGACAUGUAGUUCUGCCAAAACCAAGCCAGAGAAUCUUCUUGCUUCUAAUGUUGACACUUCUUGCGGUGAUACACUCAAUGCUAAAAGCAGAGCCAGGUCCAGCCCUUUGAGAAGAUUAUUAGAUCCACUUCUGAAACCAAAGGCAGUUAACUGCCGCAGUUUUACCAAUCAACUACAGGAGUCAAUUAUAAGAGAAGGUGCCUGUAAGUCAUCAGAACGGAGAAGACAUUCAUCUGUGACUGUGCACUCAGUGAAAGCAAAAUCAAAUACAAUCAGUCAUUGCACAAUCAAUGUAACUGAUUCAGCACCGAACAAAAAGAAUGGUUCUUCAGUAGCUCAAGCUCUUCUCAGAGUUCAAGUUAAGAAUGGGUUGCCUCUGUUAACAUUUGCUGUUGAUAAUGAGAGUAAUAUACUUGCAGCCACAGUAAAGCUGUUAAGUUCGUCGGGUAAGGGUGGUUAUGAAUGCAUUUACACAUUCUUUUCCGUUCAAGAAGUCAGGAAAAAGAAUGGUAUGUGGAUAAAUCAAGGAGGAAAAGGCAAAGGCAUUUGCCCAGACCAAACCAUGUGGAUCAAUUUAGCACUAGAGAAUUUGUUCUUCUUACCUUGGAUGUAGGACAGCAGACAAAUUCAGAAGCAUCUGAUUUCCAGCCAAAUGAUGAGCAGGCAGCUAUCGUUGUCGAGAUCCCAAAAAGGAACGGCAGAAAUUCAAUCAGAGAUGGGUAUUUGAUUGAUAAGCGUCACAGCAUGUCUGAUGCAGAAUUGAAAGCAUGUUUGCCGGAGGUAAAACUUGAAAUCAAUUCUAGGAAAAAGGGUUCUUUUGUGGGUGUUCAAGACAUUGGUGCUACAGUCAUACUUCCAAGUGGCGUGCAUAGCUUGCCAAAUAAAGGUGAACCUUCUUCACUGAUCCAACGAUGGAAAUUAGGUGGAGCAUGUGAUUGUGGUGGUUGGGAUUUGGGUUGCAAACUGAGGAUUCUGUCCAAUAAGAGCCAGUGCAACCUGAGACCUAGUUCAUUGAAAGGUUCUUCAACUUCUAAUCAAUUUGAACUUUUCUUUCAGGGUGGAGCACAAGACAAGAAACCAUUCUUCAGCUUGGUUCCUUUCAGUGAUGGUAUCUAUACAGUCAAGUUCAAUUCAUCGCUUUCUCUUAUGCAAGCAUUUUCAAUUUGUAUUGCUGUUUGGGAUAGCGGAAAUCACUGUGAGCUUUCAGAAUGAGUUCCCUCGUAUUAAGAAAGAACAUUGAGGGGAAACCAUGAUAAAUGACAGAACAAGAGAACCUAAUCCAAUCGAAGCAGAGGCCCCUGCAAGGUAUGUCUCAUAUCCUCCCGUUUCUCCUGUCGGAAGGGUCUAGAAGAAUCUCGCACAACGAACGAUGUUGUAAUUAAGUGUAAAGGUAUAAUUAGAUAUAUCAUAUACAUUUAUGUUUGUUGGUUAGGCAAUGGUCAGUGAGAUAGCUAUCAAUCACCAAUGAAAAAUAAGUAGUGAACAAGGCUUGUUUGUGAAAGCCAGGGACAGGUUCCCCUCAGAGCUUCGGGUCGUAUUUUGAUUCCCUUUCGACAAAAGAAGCAAAUGUCUGAUGGUAGUAUGAACAAAUUGAAAUCAGUGUA